GAACACGCCUACUACUGGUUUGACAUUUUGUUUUGACAGAAGAAAAAAAUUUGUUUAAAAAAAGUUGAAAUUUUGUGCUGGCGAUUCUUCAAAUUCAACAAUGACAUCAAUCAUCAAACUCCACACCCUCUCCGGUGCCAUGGACGAAUCACCACCAUGUUACUUACUCCAAAUCGACGAUGUCCGUAUCCUCUUGGAUUGUGGCUGGGAUGAAAAAUUCAAUCCCAAUUUUGCCAAUGAAUUGAAAAAACAUGUAAAUAAUAUCGAUGCCGUUCUACUAUCACAUCCUGACAAUAUUCAUUUAGGUGCAUUGCCAUAUUUAGUUGGCAAACUCGGACUAAAUUGUCCAAUUUACGCUACAAUCCCAGUUUUUAAAAUGGGUCAAAUGUUUAUGUAUGAUUUAUACAUGUCCCACUAUAACAUGUAUGAUUUUGAUUUAUUUUCAUUGGACGAUGUUGAUGCAGCUUUUGAUAAAAUCAUACAACUUAAAUAUAAUCAAACUGUCCCGUUGAAAGGCAAAGGUUACGGGAUUGUCAUUUGUCCAAUUCAAGCUGGUCACAUGGUUGGCGGGACAAUUUGGAAGAUUUUAAAAGAUGGCGAAGAAGAUAUUGUCUAUGCUAUUGAUUAUAAUCAUAAAAAAGAAAGGCAUUUGAAUAGUUGUGAGUUGGGAAGGUUACAAAGACCUUCGCUACUUAUUACAGAUGCUUUUAAUGCCAACUAUCAGCAGGCUCGAAGACGAGCUAGAGAUGAAAAACUUAUGACAAAUAUCUUACAAACUGUAAGAAAUAAUGGCAAUGUCUUAAUUGCCGCUGAUACUGCUGGCAGGGUUCUUGAACUUGCCCAUAUGCUUGAUCAGCUGUGGAAGAAUAAAGAAUCUGGUUUAAUGGCAUAUUCUUUGGCUCUUUUAAACAAUGUCUGUUACAAUGUCAUUGAAUUUGCUAAAUCCCAAAUUGAAUGGAUGAGUGAUAAACUCAUGAAAUCAUUCGAGGGAGCUAGGAAUAAUCCAUUCCAAUUUAAACAUAUGAAAUUUUGUCAUAAUAUUAAUGAUCUGGCAAAGAUGCAUAGUCCAAAAGUUGUCCUGGCAAGUACACCAGAUAUGGAGAGUGGAUUUGCCAGGGAACUCUUCCUAACUUGGGCACAAAAUCCAAAUAAUAGUAUUAUAUUGACUUCAAGGUCAUCUCCAGAUACUUUGGCAAGAGAUUUGCUGGAGAAUGGAGGAAAUGGAAGGACUAUUGAAGUGGAUAUCCGAAAACGGGUGGAACUUCAAGGUAAUGAACUUGAGGAGUACAUGAGAUCUCAGAGUGAGAAAAUGACUAACCUCAUUGAAGUUCAAAAAGAUGAUAAAUAUAGCUCAGAGUCUGAAGAUGAGAUAGAAAUUAGCGUCAUUACAGGAAGACAUGAUAUUGUCCUCCGACCGGGAAGCAAACAACAUAUUGGAUUUUUUAAAUCCAAUAAAAAGCAUCAUGUGAUGUAUCCAUAUUCUGAGGGGAAGAUAAAAGGUGAUGAAUAUGGGGAAAUUAUUAACUUAGAAGAUUAUCGAAUUGCUGAUAAUAAUAUGGAUGUUUGCCCUGAGGUUCCAUCCAAAGAGAAUAUCAAAGAUGAAAAAGAGAAAGAAGAAAUCAAACUACAAGAGAAUCCAACAAAAUGUUUGAGUAGUCGAAAGACUAUUGAAAUAAAUGCUCAAAUUCAGUUUAUUGACUUUGAGGGAAGAUCUGAUGGAGAAUCGAUGUUGAAGAUAUUGUCGCAAUUGCGUCCGCGUCGAGUUGUGGUUGUUAGAGGUCAACCAACAGCGAUAGAGGUUUUGGCUAAACAUUGUCAUCAAAAUAUAAAUGCCAAGGUAUUCACCCCAGAAAAAGGUGAAGUCAUUGAUGUGACAUCAGAGAGACAUAUUUAUCAAAUUCGUCUAACAGAAGGUUUAGUUUCGCAAUUACAAUUCCAAAAAUGUAAAUCAGCUGAAGUUGCUUGGAUAGAUUCGCAAAUAACUUUGCGUAAUAAACAAAUUGAUAGUUUACAAGAUGCCAAUGAGAAGAGGAAACAAUCGGAAUCACUUAAAAGUGAGAGAGGGAUUUAUAAUUUGCAACCAUUUGAUGUUGAUGAAAUACCAAUACAUAAGACUGUUUUGAUUAAUGAGUUGAGAUUGUCUGAUUUUAAACAACAUUUGAUGAAGAGUAAUAUUAAUUCGGAAUUUUCGGGCGGUGCACUAUGGUGUAAUAAUGGAACUUUGGCGUUGAGGAGAAUUGAUACGGGAAAAAUUACAUUUGAAGGAUGUCUAUCGGAUGAAUAUUAUAAAGUUAGAAAUGCUUUGUAUGAACAAUAUGCUAUUGUAUAAAAAUAUUUUUUAAUAUAAUUUUUUUUAUAAUAAAUUUUAAGUCUGACGAAGUUAAUUGGAUUUC